ACCGUGGUGGGUGUGAUUGGUUGUGCCACAUCUUGUUGCUAGGCUGUUAGCUUGCAGUUGCUGUAGCCGAUGCUCCUGCAUUUUUCACCUCUACCAUUGAAUUAUGCAAAGAGCACCCUGGUUUUAGAACGACAGAGGAAUAUGAUGGCAACUUACCAGUAAUGACCAGCACAAAAAUGAUGACUGUUUUUUCUCUUACAUUCCCAUUUACAUGACACAGGCAGCUAGAUAUGGGCUUUUUAAGACUGGUGGCCAGAAUUAUGGGUAGGAUCAGUACAUUCAGAUCCUAUCAGUUUGUGCUUCUACUGGCUGCUGCACUCGCUGUUGUUGCUUUUUACUACUUUGGCUCAGAGAGGCACAGCUUCUCCAGUACCACAAAGAGGAUAAAGCAGACCCAGGUCAACACAAACAGAAAUGAUGCAGACCUAGCAGUGGACACCAGGAUGUCACAGUUGGCUGGAUCAGAAGAACAAGGAGUAGAGAAACAAGAUGUAGGAGGGGAGGGUGAGGUUUUAGGGUCCAGAAAAGAAAAAGGAAACACUGAGGCUGGUGGUCAUCAUUAUCAUGCACUCAUGAUGUUCACCAAGGUGGACAGGAGCCGAAGCCUGCAGGAUAAAUUUAGAGUGGCCAUGUUGUCUAUGGUGAAGCAUGCACAUUUCCUGGAAGGAGAAGUGUUGGUGCUUCAUUUUGUCAGUGACGAAGCUAGCCAAGAACUGGGCCAGAUGAUGCUACAGGAAUUUCUCCAAGAUGCAUCAUUUCAAUAUGAGGUUUUUUUUCACAAUGUGGUUGAACUCACACAAAAGCUCUUUCCUAUUGUGGAGGCCAUGCAGAAGCAUUUCAGCGCCGGCUCUGGAGCUUACUACAGCGACUCCAUCUUCUUCCUGUCUGUAGCCAUGCAUCACAUCAUGCCUGAAAGUCUGACACGGAUAGUGCAGCUUGACCUGGACCUAAAGUACAAAACCAACAUCAGAAACCUUUUUCAAGAAUUUGAUCAGUUUUCUCCAGGAGCAGUAAUAGGCAUCACAAGAGAGAUGCAGCCAGUCUACAGACACACUUUCUGGCAGUAUCGUAAAGAGAACCCUCAGACCAGAGUUGGAGAGCCUCCUCCUGACGGCCUCCCAGGCUUCAACAGUGGUGUGAUGCUAUUGGACCUUAGUGCAAUGAGGGCCUCGACUCUCUACAACCAGCUCCUGGAGCCCAGCAAUGUUGCCAAACUAGCAGACCAGUAUCGCUUCAGGGGUCACUUGGGUGACCAGGACUUCUUUACAAUGAUUGGAAUGGAGCAUCCUGAACUGUUUUAUUCCCUGGCAUGCGGCUGGAACCGACAGUUGUGCACCUGGUGGAGGGACCACGGAUAUGGAGAUGUGUUUCAGCUGUAUUAUCGUUGUGACGGACCUGUUUAUAUCUACCAUGGAAACUGUAAUUCUCCUAUACCAGACUGAGCUUUGGACUGGUCUGAUACUGGCAAUAAAAAGGAAUUAUGAUUCCUGCUUACUGGGUGGCAGAACUGGAUUUUUAUUUUUGUUUACUUUCAUCAUACCAGUUACAGAUCCUCCCCCUGCUGGCCAAGGGGUAACUCAGUUCUUCAUGCAAAAGAGUAAUUGUUUAAAUGAUCAGUAAUAAUAGUAGAUCCAGCAAUUUGAAUGCAUGUCAGGUACCAGAGAUUACUUGAUAGUGGAUGUGGGAAGAUCAUGCCAUAGAUAAAAGUAAUCUUAUUGGAACAUGUGCAUAUAUUGAUAUGAUCAGUCAGUGCAGUACCAUGUUGGAUGAUGAUACAAAUCUCUCUGUUCAAAAUGUUGCUGUUAAUGUUGUGCUGAGAGAUGUAUCAAUUAUAAGAAGUAAUUUAAAUUCAGUUUCCAGAACUGUAAUUAACAAAGUUCAGUAACAAGGAGAUGUUGAAAUAUUAAAGUCAGCAAAUGUCUUUAAAAUCUAGUCUAUAAGAUGUUUUUAUGGUUUAAAAAGCAUGAGGACAAAACGAGCCUUUAGGACUAUAGCUGAACAUUUUUGCUUUAAAUGUGCAGCGAAUCGUCUAGUGUGGCGCUCUACAGUAAGUUUGCAUAUGAUGUUGAAACUUAAAAGCUAACAAACUAUGAGGAAAAGUUAGUAAAGAAUAGGUGGAGAGCAGACCAUGCAGCAAGGAAUAGUAGCGUUCAACAACCCAUGGGAGGCAGACACAAGCUUUCUCACUUGCUUCUGACCAAACAGGAGCUAACUGUCACGCUAGCUCCAAGAGCACCAAGCUUAAGAGGCUUUGUAACGGCCAACCACUGGAGCUAGCAGAGUGAACACUUGGCACAAAUCAGAGAGUGAGGAGUAAGAAAACUUUGCGCUCUGGGAGUGGUGCAAGUGGAAACCACUAGCUCCAGAAACUGGGCUGGUUCUUGGAUCUUUGAAGCCCAGCAUUACCCCAGCCAUGGGUUGUGCUUUUGAGCUGUUAAUUUCAGGAACUGGACAGCCUAUGAGAUGUGCUAGCUAGGAGUUCUAAGUUAGGCCGUAUUUUGAAGCUAACCCGACCUGAAUUGUUGAAAGCAUAUAAAGUGAAUACAGGCAUUAAAUUGUCAUUUCUUCAA